AUGUGCACUAGACUCUGCUCUUUCGAAAAAUGCUCUAGUAAUCCUGCAGUCGUAUGCAAUUGUGAAGCAAUUCCUGUAUUAAUUUGCCAAGAGCACAUUAAAAAUCAUUCCCAGCUUCAAAGAUCUCAUACUUAUACCAAAGUUUUUUCUGAAAUUCGAGAAGAAGCAAGGAAAUCUGCAAUUAAAUUAUUUUCAAAAAUCAAGCCAGAACUAAUAAAACUUAAAUCAAAUAUCAUACAAGAAGAGCUAUCAAUGAUUAAAGAAAUCAACAAAAUCUCCAAAAAUGCUUUAGAAAAGCUAAAAACUUGUGAAGAAAACUUAAAUCAAAUUAUAUUAGAAAUCAGCAGCUUAAGAUUUAUUGAUAACUCAAAAUCAUCGACUUUUGUAGAAUCAUUACUCAAAAUGCAACAACAAGAUAUUGAAAAAAUCAAAAAAAUUAGAGGGCCUAAGCUUAGCAUAAAUAGCAUUGAUUCUAAUUUUAAAGUUAUCAUAAAUCGAUUAUUGGUAAAGGGUUAUUUAAAGAGAGAAAUAAAAAGGCCUCGCAAACCUAUUAAUAAUAUUUAAUUUUUCUAAUUUUUUUUCUAAAAUUUUCAAACUUGAGACCUCAUCAGAAUGUUUCGAUUAUCGGCAAAAUUGUUGUGAUAAUUCCAGAGUAAUUAAAUUUGUAUGAGGAAAUUUCCAAAAUAUUAUUGGUACUUUUGACGCCGAAACUGUAAAAGUUUAUCAACAUAAGCAUGCAUGAGAUUAUCAUUUUGAUGCAUAUGGGAUAAAGUGUUUGCUGCCCGAUGGUAACAUCUUUUAUGCUAAAUAUAGAAAUCUGAUCAUAAUUGACUCAUUCGGUAAUAUAAAACCAAUAUCUCCUUAUAAAAUUAAGUCAAUAUUCUCAGCCAUUUAUGUUGGUGGAUGCAUUUUUGCGUGCUGUUCUGGUUCUCAAAGCUGGGCAAAAUACAUUAUUCAAAGAAAUGAAUGAAACUUUUUAACUCCUCUUCCUCAGAGUCAAAGUAUUUUUACUGAUUGCGCUUUGUUUCAAAAUUAUAUUUUAUUCGGAUCAAAUAGCGAAUCAAAAAUUAUUUACUACGAUAUGCUAAUAGACUCUUUUUCAGAAAUAUCAUCAUUAAAUUUAAAAACAUUAGCAGCAAAGACUAUUAUUGCACAAGAUCGAAGGGUAUUUAUCAUAGAAUUUUCGCAAUUCAUAUAUGAAAGCACUGAUAAUUUAAUAACAUGAAAUAUUAUAGGAGAAUGUUCCGAACUAAUGCCAUUUUUUCCUGUAACAAGCUAUCCAAUCCUUUAUAAAGAAAAUAUAUAUUUUUCAAGUAUAUAUGGGAUCUAUGCAUUUGAUAUAAAAGAAAAGGUUACCAAAUCUGUGGUUUAUUUUGAUUUUUCUAAUUAA